CCAAAUUCUUCCCUCCGGACAACCACCACCGAACCCACUUCACCAGCAGGGCUACGAUGGACUACGGCCGUGAACUCUUGCGUCGACAAUUUACAGAACUUAGCCGCAACCCGCCGGAGGGUGUGAGUGUUGGCUUGGGGGACGACGAAAACCUGUUCAACUGGGAAAUCAUGCUUGUGGGGCCGCCCGACACGCUGUACGAAGGCGCGUUCUUCAAAGCCCGACUGGAAUUCCCCAAAGAUUUCCCCAACAUGCCGCCGAAAAUGACCUUUGUCUCGGAAAUGUGGCAUCCCAACGUCUACUCUAACGGCGUGGUGUGCAUAUCGAUUUUGCAUCCGCCAGGCGAGGACCGCAUGAACGCCCAAGAGUCAGCGGACGAGCGAUGGCGCCCGAUUUUGGGCGUGGAAGCCAUUCUUGUGUCGGUCAUUUCCAUGCUUUCGGACCCGAACGACGAGUCCCCAGCAAACCUCGAUGCCGCUGUCGAGUGGAGAACCAACAAGGACGGGUUCAAGAAGCAUUGCCGCCGUAUCGUGCGCAAGUCGCAAGAAGACUUUUAAGUACUUGUGGGAAACGCAAACCGUACCUUGAACGAAAUUGCAUAUCAUCACAUUAGUUUCUUCUUCGUCGUCCAUCAUGUUUCCCCGCGUCAUUUCCUUCCUAAGAAGUUGCAUGAUAACGAAAUGACCUUCCAUGUUGUUACGGCUU